AUGUCUGCUGUAUCGCCGAAUAAUUCCCUUCGCUCUCCCGUCCCCAGUACGCCCAUGCGAGCUGCCCGCCAACAAUGGCGUCCUUUCCACCGAGCGAUCGUCAGAAUUGGUAGCCAUCAGUAUGUGAAAGCAAUGCUGGCUACCGUUCCUAUUGGAAUCAUCACAGCGAUCCUGGGCGGACCACCUCGAGUGGUGUUUGUCCUGAAUCUUACGGCACUAAUACCACUCGUCACUCUGCUUACAAUCUCUAUUGCCGAUUUGUCCAUGGCGACUGGGCGCGUGCUCGAUGAAUUGCUCAAAGCGACCGUUGGUAAUGCAAUUGAACUGACCCUGGGAGUUGUGGCCAUGACCAGUGGACACAUGCACAUGAUUCACUCGACUCUGAUAGGAAGCAUGCUCUGCUACAUGCUUUUGGUACCAGGGAGCUGCUUCUGUCUUACCGGUUACGAUAAAGAUCAUCUCCAUUUUGACCGCACCCUGAUCAGCAUUAUGUCUUCUCUCAUGGUAGCUGUAUGCAUGUCUCUUUUGAUUCCAACAAUUAUGGUUACCUUUCCUUCUUUGGAUACCGCGUCUCCACAGGCUUCGGUGACUCGACUUGAGAUAGUCUUCGUUUCACGUGCAGCGGCAAUCGUACUUCUUAUUUUGCUUGGGGUGUUGCUUCUCUUCCAGCUGAAGAGUCAUGCGUCAAUCUUUGAUCAUGCCGAAGCGUCUAGCGAAGGCUCUCCAGGUAGCCACAGCCUGAACGAUCGUGGCAUCGCACAGGAUCGCCCAGCGAGAAUUUUCGCACCACGAAGCGCUCUGAUUGCUCUUGUGACGGGAGUAUCCUGCCUGAUCAUGUGCAUUUUAUGUGUUGUUAAGAGCGCCAAUAGAGUUGCACAAGAGCUUGGUCUUAGCGCGGCCUUUCCCACCCUCGUGCUGGUUCCACUUGUUGGCAACUCCACGAGAUACGUUGCGAUUGUCAUGGUCUCACGCCAGGGCCAUGCGGAGUCCGCAGUGCGGGUCAUCAUCAACAGCAUACUGCGUAUUACUCUCCUUGUUACCCCCGUUCUGAUUAUCUUAGGCUGGGUUUUAAACCUGCCCAUCACACUGCAGAUGGACACGUUUGAGGCGACCAUGUUGUUUUUGGCUUCAAUGGUGUUGAUUCAUGUGCUUCAGAAUGGGAAGAGUAAUUACUUCGAAGGACUAAUGCUUGUGGGAACGUAUGUCAUAUCUGUUGCUGCUUUCUAUAUGCGUCCUGGUAUAACCGGCACCGCCAUGCCCACGCCCUAA